GACCGGCGCGGCUGCUUCCGCCACACUCAUCAUGGCGUUGGUCUCCGUUGCGUAACUUCCUCCCGCGACCGGAAGUGCAGGGUCCUGUAAGCAUGGCGGCGUCGAAGGUGAAGCAGGACAUGCCCCCGCUGGGGGGCUACGGCCCUAUCGACUACAAGCGGAACCUUCCGCGUCGGGGACUGUCGGGUUACAGCAUGUUCGCCGUGGGUAUCGGGACCUUGCUGUUUGGGUACUGGAGCAUGAUGAAGUGGAACCGCGAACGCAGGCGCCUGCAGAUCGAGGACUUUGAGGCCCGCAUUGCACUGAUGCCUCUGUUGCAGGCAGAGAAGGACCGGAGGGUUCUCCAGAUGCUUCGGGAGAACUUGGAGGAGGAGGCAAUCAUCAUGAAGGACGUGCCGGAUUGGAAGGUGGGCGAGUCCGUGUUCCACACAACGCGCUGGGUGACCCCCACGAUGGGCGAGCUCUACGGGCUGCGCAUGAACGAGGAGAUUCUCCACGCCACCUAUGGCUUCAUGUGGUACACGUAGGCACCUGUGCCCCUCAGACCACUGGACCCCUACUCCCUCCCUACCAGGAGAGAAUAAAUGCUCUGGAGACUGGCCUG